CAUCCAUUUUUCCAAUUAUUUUUAACUUGGCAUCCGUUACUCUGUAAAUCAUUGUUCCCAGCGACAACUAGCUAUCAUUAUAUGAAUUAUUUUACAAAUUCACUUGUGAUUAUUAAAAUAUUAAAAAUAGUCUUCGAUCCUCUUCCAAUUAAUUUAACUAACAUAAACUGAUGACAAAAGCACGUAGUAGCGGUGAAUUAACUCGUGUAGGUUAUCUUUUAAUAUCAGUCGUGUCAUAUGUACGGUACUUUAAUUUUUACUAUUGUCUAUAAAGUAUGGGUAAUUGUUUUACCUAAAUUGAAAUUUUAAUACACAAAAUCAUUGGCGAAAUUUUAUUCCGUUUCCGAAGAAAAUCGACGCUUGCAUUUCGAUCGAACCUUUUCCCGUAUCUUUCUUACGACUACAACAUGUAAUUUUUUGACGGAUUAACAUCUGAUUCUUUCGUUUGUAAUUUUAUAUAAAAGAUGAACGGGUGUGAGAAUUCCAUAAAGAAAGGAACAACUAUUUUUACCGCUAAACCAUUUGCUUUUGUUCUUAGUUCAAAGCAUAGGACUAGUCGAUGCGACUGUUGUUUAAAAAGUGGUAAACUUUCAAAAUGUUCUGCUUGUCAAUGCGUUUAUUAUUGCAAUCGUUCCUGCCAACAAGACGCUUGGUCUAUACACAAAACAGAAUGCCCAAAAUUGAAGAAAGUUUUACCAAAAAUUGUACCAGACAUGGCGCGUCUUAUGACACGUGUAAUCAUAAAGCUAAGUCGAGGUGGAGGUGACGAGACUGGAUAUUACAGUGAGAAAAGUUACAGAAAAUUCAAGGAUCUAAUGUCGCAUUAUUCGGACAUAAAAAAAGAUGAGAAGAGAAUGGAACAUUUUAUGUGCCUGUACAACAUUUUGAAUGAAUUAUUUGAAGAUGAACCUAUUCCAAGCAAUGUUGAAUUAUUGGCCAUCUAUGGCAGAAUUUGUAUUAACUCUUUUAAUAUAUUUGACCUGGACAUGAACAGUAUCGGUGUCGGCAUUUAUUUAGGACCUUCCAUCAUUGAUCACAGUUGUUUACCAAAUGCUGUAGCCACUUUCGAAGGUUCUACCAUAAUUAUUAGAACGAUACAAGAUCUUCCUUGUUUGGAUUGGUCUCAGAUAAGACUAUCGUACAUCGACGUACUGAAAACAACAGAAGAUAGACGAACGGAACUUCAGAGUUCCUAUUACUUUUGGUGUAACUGUAAAAGAUGCGAAGAACCAGAACUAACAACCAGAGCCGUAAUGUGCUCGAACAAAGCUUGUAUGCAUCCUUGCUCACCUGACGAAGGGAUAUGCGAAAACUGCGGUACAGUGUUCCCAGAUAAAUUUAAAGAAACGUUUGACGAGAUAUCCGACUUCACUGCCUACCAUUUGCAAAGUAUGAAGGAUACGGCCUACUUGGAUGUUAGCAAGGUGUGCUUAAAAAAGCAAGAGGGUGUCCUGCAUCCGCUGAACGUGCAACACGUGCAAACUCUGCAAAGUGCUUUCGUUUCUGCCAUAAGUUUGCAACAUUGGGAGGAAGCUGAAUCUUAUGCGAAAAGACUAAUUAAUGGCUAUUUAACAUAUUACGGUGAAAUUCACCCGUUGACCGGAAUACUGUAUCUCAUGAUGGGAAAAAUUCAAUUGUACGUGGAAAAAUCGAAACAGGCUUUGGAGACUUUGAAAAUAGCUAAGUCUAUACUAAUAAUAACACACGGAGAAAAGCAUACUUUGGUUCGCGAGAGUUUGAAGCCUCUGCUUCAUCAAGCUAUCAUGGAAGUAAUGUGAAGUGUUUAUAAUCAGUACUUGUGAUAAUAAAUAAUUUGUGUUAUUUAAAAACACGUA